AUGGAAACAUUAGAGGAAGCCCAGCUCUGCUUUCCAGCAGUCAACAACUCCUGCAAGAAGUCAACAAGCUCUCACUUGCAGGCUGCAAUGAUUUACACCCUGCUCUCCCUCACCUCUGUGGUCACUGUGGUUCUGAACCUGGUGGUCAUCAUCUCCAUCUCCCACUUCAGGCAGCUCCACACCACCACCAACCUCCUCCUGCUUUCUUUGGCUGUCGCAGACUUUCUUGUGGGUUUUCUACAGAUGGCACUUUGUGUCUUCCAGGAUGGAAACUGUUGGCUCCUGGGUGACAUUGUAUGUGCUGUGAUGGGCACUUUUAGCUUUUUCAUCGUCAGUGUGUCAGCAGGAAACAUGGUUCUCAUAUCAGUUGACCGCUAUGUGGCUAUUUGUGACCCCAUGUUGUAUCCUACAAAAGUCACUAUGAAAAGAGUUCAGUUCAGCAUUUAUCUGUGUUGGAUAUUUUCUGCUAUUCACACUUUUUGGAUACUUAGAGAUUUCCUCCAACAACCAGGCAGGCAUAAUUCAUGUUAUGGGGAGUGUGUGUCAAUAGUCCACUAUGCUGAAGGAGUUGUUGACGUUGUUGUCACUUUUUUAGCUCCUAUUAUUAUCAUCACAGUUUUAUACAUGAGAGUAUUUGUGGUGGCUGUGUCUCAAGCUCGUGCCAUGAGAUCCCAUGUUAAAUCUGUCACACAUCAUCGUCCAGGAACUGUAACUGCAAAGAAAUCUGAGAUAAAAGCAGCCAGAACACUUGGCAUUGUUGUAAUAGUAUUUUUUUUGUGCUAUUCUCCAUCCUAUUUUGCAGCUGAAAGUAACUUGGUUGAGGCUGCAUCUGGAGCCACUGAGAUCUGGGUUUUAUAUUUUAACUCCUGUCUAAAUCCUAUCAUCUAUGCUUUUUGUUAUCCGUGGUUUAGAAAAUCAGUUAAACACAUUCUGACACUUCAGAUACUGCAGCCCGACUCCAGAGACACAAACAUACUGUAG